AUGACUAAAGAUACAUAUAUCAACAAGGUUUUGGCGAAAGUGUUGAUGGUAGGCGCGGGCGGGAUCGGGUGCGAGUUGCUCAAAGACUUAAUUCUCAUGGGCUACGGCGAGAUCCACAUCGUGGACUUGGACACGAUCAGUUUGUCGAACUUGAACCGCCAGUUUUUGUUCAGACACAGGGACAUUGACAAAUCCAAGUCGUUGACGGUGGUCAAUGCGGUCCAGCCGUUCAACUUCCACGGCACGCAAUUGGUGUCAUACCACGGGAGUAUCAUGGACGCAAAGCUUUUCACAUUGGAGUGGUUCGACCAGUUUUCCAUUGUUUUUAACGCGUUGGACAACAUCGAAGCACGGGCGUACGUCAACCGCAUCUGCCUCUUUUUGCGCAAGCUGAUGAUGGAAUCGGGCACCACUGGGUUCAACGGCCAAGUGCAGCCGAUCUUCCCGUACCGGACCGAGUGUUUUGAUUGCACCGUUAAGGAGACCCCCAAGACCUUCCCCGUGUGUACGAUUCGUUCCACGCCGUCGAAACCAGUGCAUUGCAUCACGUGGGCCAAGGACUUUCUCUUCGCGCAGUUGUUCAAUGACGAGGCACAGGAGCUAUCGGCAGCCGACUUGUCAAAAGAGAGCGAUAACGCAUCGGAAAUUGCAACCUUGCUCAAGGAAACGAACGAGCUUGCAGAAUUGAAGGCUAAGAUUGCGCAGAGCGACUUUGUUCACGAAAUUGUCGACAAAAUCUUUCGCGUCGACAUUGAGCGGCUCUUGUUGAUUGACGCGUUAUGGAAGACACGUACAAAGCCUGAGCCGUUCCGGUUUGAAGCAUACGAAGUGGAAUUGGGUCAGGUAUCUCCUGCGAUCAUUGACGAAGAGACCACACAGUGGAGUGUUGCUGAGAAUUUACACGUGUUGAUGGCUUCCAUUCUGCGGUUGCAGGCGCGAAUCAACUCCGGGAAGGAGACGUUUGUGUCGUUUGACAAGGAUGACGAGGACACAUUGAACUUCGUCACCGCAGCCUCCAAUAUCCGGUCGUUCAUCUUCCUGAUUCCGAUCCAGACCAAGUUUGACUUGAAGCAGAUUGCGGGAAACAUCAUUCCAGCAAUUGCCACCACCAAUGCAAUCAUUGCUGGCUUUUCGGCGUUGCAAUCGUUAAACAUUUUUGGCAACGACACCGUGGAAAAAUCUCGCAUGAUUUUCACCUCAACGGCCGCAAACAAGUUUGUUAUUACCUCUACGCUAGCUUCUGGCUCACCUAAAUGCCCGUCCUGUUCCAUCACCCGUGGGAUCAUGAGGGUCGGGGCCACGCAGGAAUUGGUGCUAUCUGACUUGGUAGGGGCUUUGAAAACGAAGUACGGCUAUGCUGAAAUCUCCCUUGUCUUGGGAAAGAGCAAGCUUAUCUACGACUGCGACUUUGACGACUCCUUGGAUAAUACCUUGCACCAGUUGGGGUUUGUUACUGGGGAGGUCAUUCAGGUGAAUGAUGAGGAUGACGAGUUGGAGAGCAUCGAGUUGUAUAUUGAGGUGCUCGAGGCUGACAACGCUAUCCAGCUACCUGACUUGGUCAUCGGCGAGAAGAAGGCAACUCCAAGAGCUGAGCCGGAAGAGGAGCACCCAGUUCCAACACCUGAGCUUGACGGAGACGUGGUUGUUAUCGCUGAUGAGGAUGAUGAUGAUGAUCUUAUGAUUACCAACGGGUCAAGUGUUAAGAGAAAGCACGAGGAAGAAGAGAAAACAACGUUGGAAACUCCAUUGAAGAAGACGAAACUUGACGAGCAGGAAGAAGAGGUUGAAAUUCUUGAUUGA